GAUCACUAUAGCCGUCUUUGUCUCGGUGCAAUAUUCUGAGACAGAUUUAUCCAUCACACUUUGAACAUUUUGGUGCUGCUAGUGAUCAACAUCAAAGUGAAUCGUACUUUAGUUCCAAAUUAAACAGUUUUCGUACACACAGAGUCACAGUCACACACACACACACACACAAAUACAUAAACUCAAAUAAAAAAAAAUUGUCGAACGGGGUGAAAAAUUAAAUGCAAAUUAUCACGUAGCCAAGGUGCAAAGGAAUCGUAAACGACAGAUAAAAAGAAGUAAUCAAAACACUCGGCGAAAAAAGCCACACAACGAUUUGGUGUAGAAAAUUGGAAACAAAAAAUAAAUAUUUUAUUAUGUAUAUUUAUGGUGGUUCUCGUAAUUUAUGUUCCAAAUAAAAGUGAAAUUAUUCAGUAUGUUUGAGUUAUUGUGCGAUGUGAGAAGUGACAAAUAGUAUAUAUAUAUAUGAAAAUGUAGACAACAUUUCAUAAGUAGCCAAUGUAAAACCAAAAACACACAGAAUAAUAUUCAUCAUGUCGUCCUGUUUCGUCAGCCCAUAUUCAUUUUUGCGAUAGUAUUAAGUUUUAAAAUAAAGAGAGAGAACAGUGCAUGUCAUACGGCAUACCAAAAUAAAGAAGAGAAAAUUUCAUCGAAAUAUAUAAAGGAAAUAUCAAUUUGAAAGAAAAAAAAAAGCAAAACAAACAUCGCCACUCGAGGCAAAAGAAAAAAAUAGACAAGGCACAUAAACGAAAACGCGGAAAAAAUGUGUGUAUGUGUCAAAAAGUGAAGUUUGAUUGCUGAAUUUUUGUGGAUUUUCAUGUGCAAACGAACUGAGAAAUUGACUCAAUUCGCAGCAGCAGCAGCAGCAGCAAUAACCACAGAAACCAGCAACAUUUACUAUUUAUCAAACGUAGUAUACGACAUAACAUUCAAUACUAGCACUUGAUUGACAAGUUAUUCGGAAUAUUGAAGAGAAGCACUGAACACCGAUCAACAUGUCACAAAUACAGAUACCAAGGAUUCAGGUGUUUCGACCGACCUGGGAAGAGUUCCGACAGUUCGACAAAUACGUUGAGUAUAUGGAGUCACAGGGUGCACACAAAGCCGGUUUGGCAAAGGUGAUUCCUCCGCCCGAGUGGAAGCCACGCAAGAAUGGAUACGACAUCGAUAAUAUGUCGAUAUCAAUUCCGGCACCAAUUUGUCAAGUUGUUACCGGCAAACAGGGACUGUACCAGCAAAUCAAUAUUCAAAAGAAAUCGUUAACAAUUCAACAAUUCAGAGACCUUGCAAAUACGGAUAGAUAUCAAACUCCAAAGCAUUUCGAUUAUGAAGACUUGGAGCGUAAAUAUUGGAAGAAUAUCACAUAUGUUGCACCAAUUUAUGGAGCUGACGUCAGUGGCAGUUUAACGGAUGAAGAUUGCAACGAAUGGAACAUCAAUCGAUUGGGAACGAUUCUUGAUUAUGUUAAUCAAGAUUAUGGGAUACAAAUCGAUGGUGUGAAUACGGCCUAUCUCUACUUUGGUAUGUGGAAAACGACAUUCGCAUGGCAUACCGAAGACAUGGAUUUAUAUAGCAUAAAUUACCUGCAUUUUGGCAAACCAAAGACAUGGUAUGCAGUUCCACCGCAGUACGGGCGUCAACUUGAAAAAAUGGCAAACAAAUACUUUCCGGCCAGUUAUCGCAGUUGCGGCGCAUAUUUGCGUCAUAAAAUGACACUGAUCAGCCCACAAAUACUCAAGCAACACAAUAUUCCAUUCAAUAAGAUUACACAAGAAGAGAAGGAAAUUAUGAUCACAUUUCCAUUUGGUUACCAUGCUGGAUUCAAUCACGGUUUCAAUUGUGCCGAGUCAACCAAUUUUGCCAUGCCACGAUGGGUUGAAUACGGAAAACGAGCGCAACAAUGCUAUUGCAGUUCGGACAUGGUGAAAAUUUCAAUGGACACGUUCGUCAAACGUUUCCAGCCCGACAAAUACGAUGCAUGGAUCAAUGGCUCUGACAUUGGACCACAUCCAGAGGAUCCACCGUCAGCAGCUAGGCCGGCUCCAUUGCCAAGUGAUCUAGAUAUUUUAGUCAACAAAAAUAAUUCGAAUGUGCCACAAAACGUAUUGCAAACGUUAAAGAAGCAAUGCAAUCCGUUACUGAAGAAAUCGUUCAAGGAGCGAAAUCCCGAUGUUGAUAUGGAUGAAAUUCAAAAUAAUCCAAAUGUUCCAGAAGAUGUGAAGGCGGCUAUCACCGGCGCAUUGACGCUAACAUUAGACGAAGAUGAUGUCACUGAAGAGGGUGAAACGGUAGAAGAGGAAUUGCCACCGAUUGAGGGCCUCGAAACAUUCGACGAUGAUUACAUAAUGGAUAUGUCAGAGGAUGAUGGCAAAAAGAGUCGACGACGACGUGUCGAUGAGAAUGACGAAGAUUGGUUGACGGGUCGUCGCAAAGGUGGCAAACCGAAACGAUCAAAACGAAAGAAAAAACGCUCGAAAAAACAUCGAUCCGAAAAUGGGGAAAAUGCCAAACAAACGAACGGCGACAAAGAAAAAAUCAAAAAGAAACGAUCGCGCAAAUCGAACGAUACGACAAAUCAUUCAAUCGAUAGUACAUUGAAUGGUAGUAGUGCACUAGAGAGUACGGUUGAUAGCAGUGCGUUAAAUAGCAGUACCGUGAAUAGUAUCGUGAACAGUACAAAUACCAGUUUCAGUGGUUAUGAACAUUUAAAUAGUAGUCACGAAUUGACAAAUGGACUAUCGAUGAUCGAUUCAAGUGGAUAUGAUUCGAUGCGAAAAUCGGAGCAUAAACAAAAGAAAACGCCGAAAAAACGUGAUAGUAUGGAUAAAUCAGUGAAUGGUAUUGUGAAAAAGACGAGUCGACGCCAAUUUACAUCGAUAAGUGCGAUAAUGGCAUGCAUUGAAUCGGUGGUGCAAGGAACGGAUGUUUCAAUACCCGAAUCAACCGAAUCCGAAAUUGCCGUAAAGACUGAGCACAUUGAAAAUGACGAUCCAUUUAAGGCACCCGAAACGUUUACUGCGAUAAAUAUGCCGGUCAAAGUGGAACAUGUGAAAUUCGAAGGUGAAUUGAAUAAUGUGAUGGAACCAAAGAAGAAGCCACGACGGAGGUCUAGUACAACGAAGACGGCAAAAAUUAAGGAAACACCGUCAGCGACAGGCAAAUUGGAUCAAACCAUGUUCGAUUCGAAAUCAAUCAUCAAAAAGCCUCCGAUCAAUGGAGCGUCAGCCAAACCGUCAAGAACAAAUUGGACUGAGAUUGAAAAUAGACAAGCCGAAGAAAAUCUAUCGUUGCCGUUCAGUGCUGCGAUGCGUCCAUCAAAAGUAUCAUCAAAAUCAUCGGAUACGUUUAUGGGCGCAUUCAUGAGGCAUUUGCAACAGGGGACGGGGACAAAGGGUGUUGCAACCAUACCAUCGACACUCGAGAAAAAAUCACCACCACCAUCGACAACAACCGUCAAAUCGAAAGCGCCACGUGAACCAAAAAAGCCACGUAAAAAGAAGAAAGACGAACUGAAAUCUAACGUGCCCGUUUCAUCACCCAAAUGCACCACCAUUGGGUUACAAAUUCAGAUUCAUGAUCCGAACAGCGAACCAUCCCCGGUAACGCCAUCGGAAAACAGCUUCGAAUCGGAUAUUGCAACAUAUCCAUUUAGUCAAGAUGUGGUUGGUGUUAACACAAUGAUGAUGACAUCAACACAGAACCCGAUCUCAAAUGCAAUAGUGGAAAUGUCACCGCCAGUGGUAGCACCAUCAAAUCAUUAUCAUCAUCAUCAUUAUCAUCAUCAUCACACACCGACCUAUUACCAUUUGGAUCAAUCACGAGCUGACGACUAUAUUAUGUAUGAUCCCGAUCCGGCCACACUCAACGGUCAACCGAUGAACAUGAUGCCAAAUGAAUGCAUGAUUAUACCACCACUACCACCACUACCGCCACUACCGCCGCCACAACAACAACCACCACCGCCGCCGCCGCCACCACCACCGCUUCAGACACCAUCAAUGAAUCAUCUGGGUAAUACACAUCAUCCAUACGACAUACAAUUGUUAAAUUAUUCAGACCAAAACAACUCAUCCGCUGCAUUGAUUAGUCGUUUCAAUGUAUCACACACAAGUGUAAACAACACUCCAUCGGCCGUAUGCGAUUCAGUACACAACAAUUGGAGAGCCGUCAAUGAAAUUAUGCUGAAUAAAUAAGAAACCCUGGUGAAGUGUUGUGUAGCGUCAAUCGAUGCACAGUAUUUCCGAAUCAAAGUUGAUGGGACGAAAAGUUGCAUUGACGUGGGCAUUGAUGAGGCUAGAGAUUUGAUCGCAAUUAAACGAACGCAUUCCAUUUUUCCCAACAGCCAUAAUUUUGUCACACACAAAGAUACACAUCCAUUUCACCCGCGAUAGAAAAAGAAUGUUCAAUUGUGAUGUCUAAUAGGCAAUACCAAAUGUAUACCCUCUCAUGUACUGCGCCUACCCGCUGCCACCCGGUAAAUAUACAUUACAUAUAAUACAAAUUUAGCGAAUGAUCACCCGGAGGAGAAUCUACUGUAUAAACAGAGUACACAUAGUACGUAGCGCUAAGUGUGUAUGGUACACAAAGAGCGCGCACACAUUUAGAGGCUCUGUAUACGCUUAUGCUUGUGUGCGCGCAUUCACAUUCACACAAACAACAGCUAGCGAUGCGCGCACACAAGCAUAAGCGUAUACAGAGCCUCUAAAUGUGUGCGCGCUCUUUGUGUACCAUACACACCUUGCGCUACGUACUAUGUGUACUCUGUUUAUACAGUAGAUUCUCCUCCGGGUGAUCAUCCGCUAAAUUUGUAUUAUAUGUAAUGUAUAUUUACCGGGUGGCAGCGGGUAGGCGCGGUACGUGAGCUUCAUUCUUGCCUCUUUCAUCAUUUCACUUGUUGCAGUUUUGUUUCGACAUGAUUUUUCAUCUUCUUCUCAAACUGUGUGUUUUUGGGGAGCAUGGAAUGCAAUGGCCGAAUCGGAACAGUAACCAUCGUAUGGUCAUCUCAUGAAAGCUCACGAACGAAGUUAUGUAAAUAAUAAGUAGAUGUAUUAACAUUUAAAAUAUUCUACGAUCGUCGUUUAGAUUGGAGCAGGGCUGGAAUUCUAAGUCAUUCCACCAAAAUCAUUCGGAAUUAUUUUUUUUCGUACAUAAGACCAUAUUGGAGUGAAAGAGAGAGAUUCCACUAUUUUUCAGCGUUCCACCGGAAUUAUUUCUCACACAUUCCACUCUUCCUUGAGUUAUCGGAAUAAUUCCGGUGGAAUGCUGAAAAAUAGUGGAAUCUCUCUCUUUCACUCCAAUAUGGUCUUAUGUACGAAAAAAAAUAAUUCCGAACGAUUUUGGUGGAAUGACUUAGAAUUCCACCCCAGGAUUGAUUUUUGCCAUCCGAUACGGCAUAAAGCACGUGUUUUAAAAUGAAGAUGCGUUUGUGUUAAGCAUUAUAAGCAUUAAAUUCAAAGUAUUGAAUGAUGUUUACACAUGAAUGUCCCAUUAGAUCAUUAAGCUCACUCACCCAAAAAACUUAUGAUAAACAUACAUGAUGGAUUCAUUCGUUUUCACACUUGCAAAGAGAGAAAAAUAAGUUGAUUGCGUCAUUUGUUUUUCCGUCUGUAUUUUUUUCUGAAGUCCUAACAUCAUUUAAAAAAAAAAUAGGAUACCAAUUUAAAAUUUUAUUUAUUAACAAUCAAGAUGCACUGAGUUUUGUAUAUAUACAGGAACAAAUUAUCCACAGAUAAUUCAAGUUGAAAUUUAAGAAACUAUAACGCUAAAUUGUAAUAUGUUUCUAAUGAAAAUGUUUUGUGAUUUUUUUUUUCUCAAAAUAAAAGAAUAAGAAAGAAGAAAAAAACCAUUUAAAUUGUAAAUUAAAUAUUUGAGGGAAAAAAGAGCAACAACAACAACAACAGUUAUUCAAUUGAUAAUAAUUAAAAUUGUCGAAUGAAAAAAAAAAGAAGAAGCAAAUCAUGUAAACGGAUAGUCUUUUUAGAAACGUAGAGAGCUAUUGUCAACCUGUCUGUUUCUAGUUAGAUUUAAGAAGUGUUUGUUUAGAAUAUUUCAAAAACAAGUUUAAUCAUUUCUAUCUGUUAACGAUACGAAAAAUCACACAUACACAGACACACCACAGCUUCGAAUUAAAUUUACAAAAAAAAAGGUGAAACAAUUGCGUCACGAUCGCGCAUCACAUAAAUAUUAUAACAAAAUCAAUAAACAAACGAAUCAUGGAAAUUAAA